AUGGUCAGCACCCGUUCAACAGUGCAGAAAUUGAUUCCAUUUGAUCCAGAAUUUGAGCAGCAUUUAAGGAGGAAACGCAGGGAGCAAAAUUUGCAGUGGGUUCGUCCUCUGCAGGAGACUUUUCUGCAAUCAGACUUUGACCUGCACAACAAAGAAAAAAAGGCGUUUGUAAAUCCAGAGGCAGGACUACCCCUAGGUGAUUCACUGACUGCCCAUUCCACAAAUAUACCCAGUUGCAUUACAUAUCCGGCAGUGGAGGAAGGGACUGCAUUUGAAAUAAAACAGCACAUGUUGAAUAUUCUACCUACGUUUCAUGGGUUGUCAUCUGAUGAUCCUAACAUGCACAUUGCAGAAUUUUUAAUGGGGUGCAAAAACAUUUUGGUGAGGGGAUUUUCAGCUGAAUCUAUUAAGCUGCGGUUAUUUCCAUACACUUUAAAAGAUCAGGCAAGGAGAUGGCUCCUCAUACUCCCAUCUGGAAGCAUUACAACUUGGGCCCAACUCAGUGAAAAAUUUUUAAACAAGUAUUAUCCGGCUUCUAAGACCCUUGACAUGAGAACUCAGAUUUUAUCUUUCGCCCAAAAACCAAAUGAGGAGUUUCAUGAGGCGUGGGAGCGGUUCAAAGAGUUGAUUAGAAAAUGUCCGCAUUCGGGUAUUAACACUACUGAUCAAAUGCAUAUAUUUUUCAGAGGGUUGAAUAUGACUACAAAAACUCUUGUCAACGCAUCUUGCGGAGGUUCGUACAAGGAUAAAAAUGCACAAGAGGCUUGUUUGUUAUUUGAAAAAAUGGCAGCAGAUACACAACAGUGGGCAGUUGAGCAGCCACAAUCUAGGUCUGUUUUUGAGAUGUCUAACGGUUCUCCGUAUGUUACAGCACAAAUUGAAAAAAUGGAGAAAAGGCUUGACGCAAAAUUUGAUAUGUUAUUACAGAGAAUACCAGGUUCACAGGUUGCUGUACAGCAGCCCUUACAAGCUGCCUGCAACAUUUGCAGUUUGACAAAUCAUGAUUUUUUGAGCUGUCCACAUAAAGAUGCUUAUCCGGAGUUUAUGGCGGAGCAGGUUAAUUCAUUCAAUAAUUUUCAACGUCCCAGAUAUGACCCGUAUUCAAAUUUCUACAACCCAGGUUGGAGAGAUCAUCCUAAUUUAAAGUGGGACAAAGAUCAACACACUAGGCCUCAAUUUCAACAGCAGGUACAACAACAUGCUGCACCUAAGGCUGCUUGGGAAGUUGCAAUUGAAAAAUUAGCAAAUACUACCAGUCAAGAAAUCCAAAAUCUGCAUGAAUCAAUGAAAAAUAUGGAAAAACAAAUUGGGCAAAUUGCUUUGCAGGUUUCAGAAAGGGCACCAGGUACAUUUCCUAGUCAAACAGUACCAAAUCCAAGAGGACGAGAAGAGUGCAAUGCUAUACGGACUCUACGGUCUGGCAAAAGUUACAAUAACAAACAUGAAAAUUCUAUUGAGAAUUCACAGGCUGCAGAAGCUUCCCCAAAAACUGCAGAACGUGUUUACGAGCCCCCUAUGCCUUAUCCAGAAAGGUUGAGACCUAAAGCUAAAGAUCAACAGUUAACUGAUUUUAUGAAGACUUUGUCUAAGGUUCAGAUUAAUCUGCCGUUAAUUGAUGCCAUCAAGAACAUUCCGUCUUAUGCCAAUAGUGCUUUAAUUGAUUUAGGUGCUAGUGUGAACUUAAUGCCAUAUUCUGUUUUCAAACGUCUAGGUGAAGGGGAGCUGAAGCCAACCUCCAGUAUUAUUCAAUUGGCUGACCGUUCAAUUACCUACCCUAGAGGAGUCAUUGAAGAUGUUAUUGUGAAAGUUGACAAUUUAUAUUUACCGGCUGAUUUUAUGGUGUUGGACAUGGAUGAGGAUUUGACAACGCCCAUUAUUUUGGGCCGCCCAUUUCUGGCAACAGCCCGGACUCUUAUUGACGUUGAAACUGGAGUAUUCAUAUGUCUACUAAAUUGA